AUGGUGCUUCUGGCAUGUCCUUCCUCUGUGAAGCUGGAAAAUAAAGGAGACGUGUCUUUUUUCCACAAGUCUAAUGGGGUUCGUCCCAAGAAUUUGAAUCAUUCUCAUAAGAGGGAAUCCAAAAAGCAUGGCCAGAAGAUGGGCAAAAAUGAAAAAACAGCCAAGGAACUUCUGGGAGAGCUAUACAGUGACAGAGAAUACUUAGAGAAACUUCUACAAGAUGAGGAUCUUAUAAAAGGUAAGAUAAGAACCGGAGAGCGUGUACAAGAUCUGAUCGUAGGCUGUAUCUCAUAUCUGGACACGCGGACUGCAUUCUGGCAGCAGCAGAAGCCCAUCUACGCUCGUCAGCGAGACAGAAAACUCAUGCAACAGCAGUGGAACCGGGUUCUUCACAAGCCUCCCUCAGACCCCACUCGAUACGUCCUCAACAGUCUGGAGGAGAUUGACACAGCCUUGAGUGUAGGCAAUACAGAAAGCGGCCUGAAGAAGGCUCGUGAACUCAUGAAGGCGGUGAAGGAAUGGUCUGAGGAGGUGCUGCCCAAUAAGAGAGAAGUGCUUGGGAACCUCCACAGCUGCAUUGGCAAUGCACUGAUGGAUCUUGGUAAUAUGGACAAGGCUCUGCAUCAUCAUGAGAAGGAUCUGGAGCUGGCCAAGAAAGGCAACCUGAUGGACAGUAAAUCCAGGGCUCUGGACAACAUUGGCCGUGUGUACGCACGGAUUGGCAAAUUUCAACAAGCUAUAGAAGUCUGGGAGGAGAAGUUGCCUCUAGUAUGUGGCGGGUUAGAGAAAGCCUGGUUGUUCCACGAGAUUGGCCGCUGUUACCUAGAGCUGAAACGCUACAGCGAAGCACGAGACUAUGGCUCCCGCUCACUCAUUGCUGCGGAUGACAUCAGCGAUGAAAAAUGGCAGCUCAAUGCCAGUGUGCUCAUGGCGCAGGCAGAAUUGAAGCUGGGUAACUACAAGGCCUGUGUGUUGCACUUUGAGGGGGCACUGGACCGGGCAAAACUGCUGCAGGAUGACUCUGCCAGCGAAGCCAUCCAGAAGGCUCUUCGUGAAGCAAGACACAGAGUGAAUCAGUAAAAUGAGAAACCCCUCUGAAUAAAAUGGCUGCAAUCAACUUCCAUCUACCUACAAGACAAGUCAGAACUAAUGCAUCCCUACUAGUAGAAUAAAGUUUGCCUGAGGAACUUUGUGCUGGAUUGCAGUCAGUGUUAUUGGUGAAGGAUUAAUUUAUGACUGCCUUUUCUGUGCUUGUUUCCAUAUGGGUAAAAUUAUGUUUUGCAUAGUUUUACAUAAACUGUCACAGUUUCAGAGGUAUAACAAAUCAUGUGUUAUAUUUGUGAUGCAGUGUCCAAGUGAUGUUGCCCAGAUACUGUUAAUGUUUUCCAAUAGACUCACAUGCUGUGAACUUCUGUUGACAUAGAGAAAUACUCUUUUAAUGCAUAAUCCAACCAUAAAGGUUUGAAUUGAAAAUCAUUAAAAUGAGUUUUGACCUCUAAUUUUACACUCCACCUACUGAGUCGAUAUUGACUUUAAGUGCUCAACAAAACUGAACAGAAGUAUAAGCCCUGUCAGAAUGCUUAACUACGCAUUACUGGCAGUUUGUGUGUGAGAGUAUUUUUGUGUGGGUUAUAUCUGCCAUUUAUGCGAACACACCACAAAUACUUGUGAGAAAGCGGUCACAGCCAACCUGCGUUUGUUCUGAACUCCACUGUGAUAAGCUGAAGCAGCUAUUCUUAACUGCAGAACCCGUCAGUGCAAUGUCAGAAAGCAUAACCACUCAGAAAUCCUGCAUACAUUUCACACGUCCCUCACGGAUAUCAACAAGACACAGCAUGCACACUCCAGCUGUUUUGAAUUUUGCAGGUAUGCUCCUGUAUAACUGGCCUGUAAACAUGCAUUCAAAGAGCAUGUGGUGCCUGCAGAUCCUUUUUUUAUUC